AUGUGGUGUCAUAAUGGCGUCUUUUGUCCACAGUCGCUGCAGAGCGCGGCGCGGAGGGCGGGCACCUCAUGCGCUAACUGCAAGACCACCACCACCACGCUGUGGCGACGCAACCAGAACGGAGAACCAGUAUGCAACGCCUGCGGCCUCUACUACAAGCUGCACAACGUGAACCGACCACUCACGAUGAAGAAAGAGGGUAUACAGACAAGGAACCGCAAGUUGAGCAGUAAAAGCAAAAAGAAGAAGGGCGGCAUGGGGAUGGGGGGAGGUGGUGCGUGCGCACUCGCCCUGGGUGGCGUCAUGGGUGACAUGAUCAAGCCCCUGGGGGACGCCACCAAAGGAUUUGGAGGCUCGGCGUUCCCCUCUGCCAUGGACUUUGGUCAACACCAAGUGGGUCUGGUGCACCCUGCCGCGGCUCAUAUGUCGCACUGGUACGGGGCCCCACACCAGGGCUUCGCCCCUCCUCCUGCCUCCCACAAUCCGUACCACCACCACCAUCUCGCGCAACUCAACUCCAUGACUGGCUGGAGGAGUGAGUACACG